AUGGCUUUCGCCGAAGACACGCCGUCUGAGACGGUUGAGCCUACGACUAACACCCCCAGCCAGCAUGAGUUCGGGAAUUUGUCCGACGAGCAUGAGAAUGUUUGGAUCAAGUUCAUGACCUUUGUAGGAUGGUACUCUCGUGAGAUGCCAAGCUCUGAGAAACUGGUCGUCUUGAAACUUGAUCUGAGUAUUCUUGUCUUUGGGUGCCUGUCCUUCUUUACUAAGUAUCUCGACCAACAAUCUCUCACCAACGCUUUUGUCAGUGGCAUGAGAGAGGAAAUUGGCCUGUGGGGAAAUGAGCUCAACUACAUCACCGCCACCUUCUGGGCCUCAUAUUGCGGUGCCAUGAUUCCAACUUGCUAUCUAAUGACCAGAUACCCAGCCAACAUUGUGCUCCCAUCGCUCGAGCUUGGAUGGGGCUUGGCAACUUUUGGACUGGCUUGGGUCAAGAAUGUUGAAGCCAUUUAUGCCAUGAGAUUCUUUGUUGGGCUUUUCGAAUGUUGCUCCUUCACCGGCACCAUCUACAUCAUUGGCUCAUGGUAUAAACCUAAUGAAGUUGCUCGGAGAAUUGCUCUUUUCUUCAUUGCCAGUCCUGGUGGUACCAUGUUUGCUGGAUAUCUUCAAGCAGCUGCCUACAAAAAUCUCAACGGAGUCCAUGGCCUCUCUGGCUGGAGAUGGCUAUUUAUCAUUGAUGGAAUUAUUACGAUUGGCAUUGCCUUCAUUGGCUACAUAGUCUUCCCGGACGUUCCCUCUCGCAAGAAGCCUUUAGCUUUGUCUCAUGCUGAGCAUGCGCUCGCGCAGAAACGAAUCGAAGGGUUGACUGCACCUCCACAGCUCCAGCUGUCUAGAACCAUUUUCAAACGUGUCCUGGGUCGCUGGCACUUUUAUGCCUUUGUUAUCCUCUGGACUAUUCUUGACUUGAACAUUCUUCCAGGUGGCCAGCCUUUCUCUCUGUAUCUAAGAGCCAACCCAGACCGUUACUCCAUCGUCCAGGUCAACACCUUACCAACAGUCACGGCGGCUAUUAUGAUUGUUAGCGCACUCACGGCUGGAGUUGUUGCAGACAGACUGGGGAACUUUUGGAUCCCAGCUACCAUCACGACUGUCCCUGUUCUAAUUGGAAUGAUCCUGUUGAACGUGUGGGAUGUCGGCGAGAAGGGUCGGCUGGCUGCCUUUAUGCUCCAAGGUUUUAUGGCCCCAAUGUCCCCAAUGUCAAUGGGAUGGGCGACAGUCAUCAUGGCAAACGACGCUGAGGAGAGAGCUGUCGUAACAGCCAGCAUGAACGCUAUUGGUCAGGGCAUCAUGGCGGGAGCACAAGUCGGUCUCUUCCCAGCCACAGGCGCACCGAGGUGGAUUGUCGGGUUCAAGAGUAGUCUUGGAACGACUGUUGUGCAGUUGGCUGUCAUUUAUACCAUCCUAUAUCUGAGUCGGCGGGAUGCCAAGAGACAAGCAGUGACGGCUGAUCUCGAGGCGGAGUUUAGUGAAACUCAAGACGAUGGAAGAGAGAAGGUACAUGGCUAA